GAGAUAAUAAUAUGGACCAGCAAAACCAAAAUAACACUCCAGAUGGUUCUGGCGAUGUGCCUUUGAAGCGCAAACGUGGUCGUCCAAGGAAGUACCCACGACCAGAUUUGGAAGAUGGUUCAUAUAUUUCACAUAGUUACAGUAAAAAGCUGAAUUCUGUCAGUGGUGAGCCAGCGGUAGUACAUCCUGGAUUUCAAGGGGCUAAUGUAAAUCAACACUUUCAAAGGAAUCAAGAAAAUGAUGCCAUGAUUGGUCAGGCAGUUUCUGGUGUAAUUGAGGCAGUAUUUGAUGCCGGGUAUCUGCUCAGUGUAAGAGUUGGUGAUUCUGAUACUACUUUGAGGGGGCUAGUCUUCAAGCCUGGACGAUAUGUUCCUAUCUCGUCUGAAAAUGAUGUUGCUCCAGGUGUUCCAAUGAUCCGAAGAGAUGAGGUUCCCAUCCCUUCUGGAACUGCUCAGUUUCAGAAUCCUCUCCCAAAGGAAAGGAAUGAACAGCAUGCAAACAUUAAUAGAAAUGACAUUCAUGCAAUGAAUGGGUCACCGUCACUCCCUCUUGUACCUAGAACGGCAGCUGGUUCUAGUAAUUCGGUUGUCACUUUAGGAAACAAUGCGCCUACUGUGGCAGGUCAAACUGCUCCUCAAAUACCUGGAGGUAAUAUAGUGCCUGCUUUGCUCCAACCUACCAAUUUUUCAAAUGGGUUGCCAGUUUCAACUCCACCGUCCCAAUUUAUGGCCCAAGUUUCUGUAGGGAGUGGAGCAAGUGUUGCCAAAGAAAUUCCAGCACCAGAUGGAAAUCAAGCACUUACCUCUCAAACUAGCCAGAACAUCUUGUCGAGCAGCAUGCAGUGCGAAGCCGUUCCUCACCAUCAGUCUUCUAAUCUGCCAACUGAAGAACUGAAAACAAUGAGAGUGCCUAACGCACCCUUUGAGCAGCUCGUUACAGAGGUUGUCAAGAGGAUCGAAGCUCCAUCAGAUGUCAUGGAUGUUGACACUGACAACAGUAAGCCAGGUGACAAGACGCAACUGAAGGAACCAAGCUGUAGACAAGAAGAAAAAGUAAAUGACAUGGAUCAACCCGUUUUAAUUAGGCCUCUACAAGCUGUACAAUCUCAUCCUCAGGAAAAUACCGCAUCAGCUCCCCAACCGUCAGACUUUACCAAGACCGGAAAAAUGACACAGUUAUUGCAGAUGUUGCAGGAUAACAAACCGGAGAACCAGGCAUCCAAAGCAGCAGAUCUAGGAUCUGGGUUCCAGCUGGAUGAUGUAAGGAAUUUAGGAACCUGACUUGGAGAUGGAACAACUGUUCAAUCAACAAAACCUUUAAUUUAAUCGAUCAAUUGUAGCUAAUGUGCCAGCCGGGUUAUAAAUCAUAAAUUAGGCAAAAUUUUCUGGCAUAUUUGAAAUAUACAGGUCUAGGUAUCUCAAGGGUCUUGAAUAAUUUUAAACUUGCAUAUCUAUGCCCUGUUACAUUGCUAUUAAUUAUUUUUAAAUUAGAGACGCAACCUUCAAGUAGGGAUGCUAAUUACUUUAUUCACAGAGAAA